CAGUACAGGGUUAAUGAAGCUGCUUUAUGUUUGUGAGUGGGCGUUUUUAAUGCCAGGUGAUAUUUAUUUAGCGAGAACUUCACGUCAGUAAUCAUGUUUACACUACAAGAGGCGCAGUAACGUUUGUGUAGCGAGAGGCUAACAGCUAGCUAACCUUACUUAACCUGGCUAAGUUGUUAAACAUCUUCAAUCGAAUCGAAGUAACUAUAUGUCGCCUGCUGGGGGACUUAAAAACAUCACGAAUUAAAAAAACAUUUCUGCUGGUUGUACCCUUUUAAGCUCCAGCACCGUGCAUCGCUGCCCUCCAGUGGUUGACUUCAUGAGUGUGCACAGUGACUGCUGUGUGUAGUCCUAGGGAAUGGGGAAUGGAGUCAAGGAACAACAGGCAUCACUUAAGCAGGGAGAGGUGCUGCAGGUGGCUUCCUCCAGCCAGUCAGAGCAGCACACCACCCGGUCAAUCCUCAACUCACUCUUUUCAGGGGCUUUAGCAGGAGCAGUAGCCAAGACAGCUGUUGCCCCACUGGACAGGACUAAAAUCAUCUUCCAAGUGUCCUCGGCACGAUUCUCUGCAAAGGAGGCAUACAGGUUGAUUUACCGCACAUACCUGAAGGAUGGCUUCUAUAGUCUGUGGAGGGGGAACUCUGCCACCAUGGUGCGGGUCAUACCAUACGCCGCCAUCCAGUUCUGUGCACACGAGCAGUACAAAAGGCUGCUGGGAAGCUACUAUGGCUUUCAGGGCACAGCCUUGCCUCCACUCCCAAGGUUACUGGCUGGAGCGAUGGCUGGGACCACAGCAGCCAUGUUGACAUAUCCUCUGGACAUGGUGCGAGCUAGAAUGGCCGUAACACCAAAGGAAAUGUACAGUAAUAUCCUGCAUGUGUUUGUGCGGAUCUCUCGAGAAGAGGGCUUGGCGACGCUAUUUCGGGGUUUUGCACCCACCAUACUGGGUGUUGUUCCCUAUGCUGGUCUCAGCUUCUUUACCUACGAAACACUGAAGAAAUUACAUGCGGAGCGCAGUGGCCGCCUACAGCCUUACUCGUAUGAACGCCUGGCAUUUGGAGCCUGCGCAGGUCUGAUUGGACAGUCGGCGUCUUACCCUCUGGAUGUGGUACGGCGGCGCAUGCAGACUGCAGGGGUUACAGGUCACACGUAUGGCACCAUCCUGGGCACCAUGAAAGAGAUUGUGUCUGAGGAGGGGGUCGUCCGGGGACUCUACAAAGGUCUCAGUAUGAACUGGGUGAAAGGGCCCAUUGCAGUGGGGAUCAGCUUCACCACCUUUGAUCUUACUCAGAUUCUCCUGAAGAAGCUGCAUCAGAUGGGCUACACGGCUCGAUAAUAGUGAUUUUAAAAUGGUGCAUCCCCAUAAACCCUCUAAUAAAGAGCAGCAAAGAGGGGGGAGGGAGAAAGAGAAAUUGGUUGCUAGACAGAAGGAAAACACACUGGCUCGGGAUGAAUGGUUAAUGUUAACGUAUUCUCUCGCUUUAUCUAUGUGAAACAAGGGAUGUACGAUCCCUGUCGAUGCAAAGUAGAGUACUGUGUGUACCUGUACACACCAUAGUUGUGUACGUCUACAGUAAGUGCAAUAUGCUCAGUGAUUUUUAUUUGUGUGCACAUUAUAAUGCUCAUGCCCUCGUGGACCCGAGAGCCUGAGAGUGUGAGUGUAUUUAUUCGUCAGAGGUCCUGUUCACACCUGCUAUAUUACCAUUUUGUCCUCACUGAUCAAAUCAUGGUCGUAUAAGUACAACGGUUCACACCCGGCAUAAAAACGCAGCGCGUAUUUGCCUCCUGUGACCACGUGAUCGGAUCUGCUGUCCCUGACUGUUUGCAAGAACAAAAUCAUGUUUUGACUGGUCUUUUCUGUACAGAAUUCCCUGCUGUCAGGAAGCACAAGGACCGUUCAGACCUGUACUUAGCUGUGAUGUGGCCAUGAUUGGAUCACUGAGGACAGAUGUUAAAACCAGGUCUGAACGAGGUCAUAGAGUUCACAGGUUCUCACACACACACAUCUACACAAACACACACACUCACUGACAAUUCUCCUCUGCCAUGCAUGUCUGCUUAAAACUGACUACCGCCAAUGCAAUGCAGGUUGCCACUUGUUUCCGAAUCACUUUUAAAAAUGUAUUUAAUUUGAUAAGAGUGAAUUCUGUUCUCUUGAGAUUUGUUUUGAUGCAAGUAUGUUUGAAUUAAUUAUACCAAAGGUCAAGAUGUAAGCUACUUAAAGCUCAUUAGUAGAGAAACAAACUUGCUCAGCCCAGAGGAAACAGCGCCUUUACUGCCAUUGAAUAUCUCUUAAUAUUUGUAAUUAAGAUCUCAAAAACUUUAUGUAACCACAUACUUUAAGUUGGAGUUGAGCCUUUGCAAUGAGACGGAUAAAUUAUAUUUUACGCCAGUGCCAACAAAUAUAAGGUUUGCAGAGUGCCCCUAUAAAUUAUAUUUGUGUUUUGGGGUUGAUUUUUGGCUAUAAUCAUAUCGGGGAUGUUUAUAUGUUGUGUUGUCAAACAAACACAGGUUUUACUUUGGAUGAAUUUUGGUACGCGGUCAGUUUAUCAGCUGAAAAUGGCUGUUCUGUUUAAACCUCACCAUGUCACGUAGUGUACCUCAAACAUGAUGGGUCAUUUUUGUAAAUGUGUGAUCACUGACAUGGAUUUAACAGUGACAUAGGAGCACGUGUUCAGUCUAAUUCAGUCUGGUACAGCGGCUGUGCAGUGAAUAUGACGUUUGUGAAGUUUACAGUGUCCCAUUAAUGUUGACUCUUUAAAUCGGUGGUGUUUUUUUCAUAGCAUUAACGUUUAAAUGACAGGCGAUAAGUGUAAAUGAUCGCCUCUGUGUAUGUGUCACUGACAAAUGGACACACGCGCACACACACGCACAGUUCCUUAUACAGUAUACAGAUGUUGUCUUCCAUUUACUGUCAGUAUUCCAGCUGCAGUGUCUGUGUCUUGACGACAUGACGUCAGUUCAGAUUUAAACUGGUUAUCUGAAUGACUUAAAACGUAGUUAUUUGAUACUGGACUAACCUGACUGAAAUAUGCACACAGCUAGUCAAGAGGUUGUUUUGUAACAUUCUCUGUUAAAGGCAUUAUUCAGUACUUUUUAAUUUCUCUAUAUUAUAUCGUCUGUCCCUCAGUGCAUAAUGGAAAGUUUCGUUUUUAUUCUAAGUAUUAUUAAGGCAGUUUCACCAGCAGGCGUACAGUGACUGAAGAGUGUCUUCUAUACCUAAAGGAACACUUCACCGAUUUGCAUUUAGCUUUGUAUUACUAGAAUAGGGGUAGUAUAAUUGUGCUUCCCAAUCUCAGUUUCCCCCUGAGUCGAGAAACAUCUUCAUUCUUUUUUUUGUUAUGUGUCCACCAGUGACACUUGGUCUGAGCCUUGGUCUGAGGUGUGAAACUGCACUUUUUAGACCCACUCGUAGGGGGACGGGACCUCAUUCCCAGAAUGUAAUCAGUGUCCGCCAUCUUUGCCAAGUGUCACUGGUGGACAUGUAACAGAGAAAAGAAUGAAGAUAUUUCUUGACUCAGGGGAAACUGAGGUUGGGAAGCACCAGCACCUCAAAAUCACAUUAAAAGGAAUUUAUGUUUCGGCACUAGCAAUGGGUGUUAGUUUGUGCUAAUGUUAAAAUACCCAAAAUGAUUUAUUUUUGGUGUCUCAGUUUGUGGAAUAUUUAGUUACAAAAAAACACUUUUUUUCUACUAAGAGAGACGCCUUCAUUUCUUUAAAAAUAGUCAGACAUUAGCAAAGUGAUGCUAAAUAUCAGAAAGUGUUUGAUAAAAGAAAAUGCAAAGAAGAUUACAACACAGUACAUUUUUGACACAUGCUGCUCAGACUGAAUUUUGAUGCCCAGUUCUAUUCAGCAGCUCACUGCUCACUUGACUCCACAAUUCAUUAAACCCACAAUCCUGCUGUAAUCUGUCUCAUCGCACUUUCAUCUGUUUAUGGACUUUUUCUCAUUGUCGGAGAAACGUAGCACUGAACAGACUGACUGACUGAGCGACUGCACACAGUGGUAGACUAACAAAAGAGCUGUCGAUGCAGUGUUCAUCUUUUCAUUCAUUAUUCAUUAUUAGAUCAUCUUUACACUUGACUUUAGGUAGUAGGAAGGAAAUAUGUAUAAAUAGGUUUAGCUGAAUGACAGCUGAAACCCUGCACAUGUUCUGACGUUUGCUGCUUCAUUGACACUUAAGUGCCUAGCAAGGAAUAGAGAUGUUUUAUCUACAACUAAUUUCCUUGUAAUAACCUUUUUUGAAGGUUUUCAUCCAUUUUAUAGCCUUGCUUUGUGUUCAUAAUUACACAUAUUGAGAAAGCAGUAUGUGGUGUGAUAUGGUGAUCGUUAGACCUCUUUGACUGAAUGUGUUAAUUCAGGUACACUUUUCAUUUGUGGAUUUUGUAAAACCUUCAAACUAACAAUCAGUAAUGCAUAGAUAGCAUUUCUGUCAUAUUAGAUUAGGUCAAUUAAUUCCCAACAUGUUUCACCCGAUUUGAUGAAUGUAGGAUGAUUUUACAUAGACUUUUGAUGGUCAUUUGUACCUUUUUAAAAAUGAAUUUAAUUGUAAUUCUCUCAUAGGUAAUCCUUGAGAUCGGAGGAGAUGGGUGAACACGUGAUGAAAUGUUCUAGUAUAGACUAAAGACACUCCUAGACAAUCAUUAAAUGCCAAAAGGUUGAAUGCUUUGAACGUUUGACUUUUGUUGGGAACCUGACAGUGGCUUAAUGAGAAAGAAUAUUGAUGAACUUAUACAAGAAACCAGUAAAUUGUGAUUUUGUUAACAUUCUUUUUAACACCGUUUGUGAGUAAUCUUACAGAUCAUCUUGUGUUUUGUAUGUUUCCGUACAGCAGUGUCAAUGACUGCCAUGUAAAUCUAGUGAUUUGUGCCAACUGAAUGUAAACAUACCUACUACUGUGCAACACCUGUGUCCAGUCUGUAGUGUUGAUGGUGUAUUUGUCAGAACAUUUUGAAUCAUCAAAUUCUCAAAUAAACUGGAUGUUAAAAAUA